UGCUCGAUGCAGGCUUUGAGGUUGUAUCUGGCCUUGUUUUAAGCAAUAUGAAUAUUUUUUGUCCAAGACAUAGGGCGCGAGAAGUGCUUCCGAAUCGGCAUACGAGCAUUCAUCACGACUCCUCCUCCGGGUACAUCUCCAGAUCCGAGUUUCCGUGAGAGACGAUAAAUCUGACGAAACGAGAUGCGGUUCGAAUAUCAAAACCGGUCGAUAGGAACGAUGGUCGUAAAGAACGUAAACUGGUGGCUUAAUCUAAGAACAUUGAAGUCUUCAUUGGGGUUAGCGUUUCUACACGUGACUGCGCGCCACGCGCCGAGGGAGCUUCAAACGGCGCCAGAACAUUUCAACAUUUCGAAACUUCUUCACGCAAUCAUCCCCAAUAUUUACUUGAAAUUUCCUUCUGCAAUGAGCCGGGCUACUAUAGAGCAGUCUCUCAAUGGACUGGUACCUACACUCAACGGGAUUCUGCCAGCGGAGCUUGUGGAUCUCGCGCUUUCUUUGUUAGCACUCUCACGCAGCGUUGCCCAUUCAUUGAAGUCAGAAGAAGAGAUCGCGAGACCAUACGCAUGCGCUCAAUUAGCUUGCGAAAGGCUGAAAAAGCGACUCAAUCUUCCAGCCAUCACCCCUCGCGCACCGUGCCCACCCCGCGUAUACAAGAAGCUGUACAAAUAUCUCGAAAGCGCCUUGCCCGCUGCAACGCCUCGUGAACCUCAGACACCCCGUAAACAAGGCACAGGCAGCGCUCCUCCGUCGGGCAGGACGACACCGAAGACCCCCCAGAGUGGGAGAAGGACACCGCGGACUGGACGUCAAGAUGACCACACGGCUCGAGAGUGUCCGGAAUGGGUGAUGCCUGCCAUACGAGCCCUUGUUAAAGAAUUCUCUUGCCAGAAUGCGGCGCCGCAUGUCUACAGUGGCGUUGCAUCCAUUCUACCAUUGCUUGAGCGCAUGACAGCAGCGGCAGCAGAAACCCCCAGCAAACGACCACGCCGCACAGCUGCGACGACAUCGUCCUCCGAGGUUUCUGAAACUCGUAUCAUGGGCCUUAUCACCGUUGUUCUUUUCUAUAUUAUGUCCCGCAUUUGGGAUCAGGACAUAACGCCCGAAAUUGUAGUGGAGUGGCAAGAUAAAGCAACCGCCACGCUGAUCAACACGCCGAGCGGUCAGCACCUUCGGGCGUCGGACAUUGAGCCCGAAAUCGAGUCUCUACUGUUAAUGGCGCAAGAAGAAGGAUGGUUGCAGAUGGAGUGGUUCUCGAAUAUUGCUCUGAUAGAUGGCGGCGAUGAAAUGGAAGGCGUCGAGGCAACAAAACCGAAACCAAAAACUACAUACAUAGGGGAACUGAGGGCUGGAAGCAGCGACUACAUUGGUCUAGGCACCAUGAUGCAGGAUGCUACCGAUUACCUGGGUGCACGGCAGCGCGAAGAAUAUACAAUAUGGAAGGCCGGAAUAAUGGCUCGUGUGGAAGAAAUCGAAGCUUCGCAGACUUGA